CUUCUCUUCUUCUCUUUCCCAUAACAACACACAAAUCAAAUCCAACACCCUUCACUCCCUCUUCUCUUCUUCUUCCACACAAAAAUGUCUCUAACAAUUCCAACUAACCUCUCCAAACCCACCUCAACCCUAAGACCAAAAUUACCUCAAAAACCAAAACUCUCAACCAACAUCAUCCACUGCAGCACAAACCAAGAAAAACCAACCAACGAUGUAAACUCAAAUCUAAAAGCAUUCUCAGCAGCACUAGCACUCUCAUCAAUCCUCAUCUCAUCACCACUCCCCGCUGUCGCCGACAUCUCCGGCCUAACACCAUGCAGAGAAUCAAAACAAUUCGCCAAACGUGAGAAACAAUCAAUCAAAAAGCUUGAAUCAUCACUCAAGCUUUACGCUCCGGACAGCGCUCCAGCGCUGGCCAUAAAAGCAACAGUUGAGAAAACCAAGAGAAGGUUUGAUAACUAUGGAAAGCAAGGUUUGUUGUGUGGUGCUGAUGGUUUACCACAUUUGAUAGUGAAUGGUGAUCAAAGACAUUGGGGUGAGUUUAUCACACCAGGGAUAUUGUUUUUGUAUAUUGCUGGUUGGAUUGGAUGGGUUGGUAGGAGUUAUUUGAUUGCUAUUCGUGAUGAGAAGAAACCUACUCAGAAAGAGAUUAUUAUUGAUGUUCCUCUUGCUUCUAGAUUGGUUUUUAGAGGGUUCAGUUGGCCUAUUGCUGCUUAUAGAGAGUUGGUGAAUGGUGAACUCAUUGCCAAGGAUGUCUAAGUUUCUUUUGUUUACAACAAGACAAGAGAGGAUGAUAUUGAACAAGGAUGGAGGAAGGGUGAUUAUGAGAGGAGGGUGCUUUUAUUGUUGACUCAUUGUGUGGAUGGAUCUUAUAAUAUUUAUGCGCUCAUAUUGUAAAUUUGAACUAGUUAAUGUCAUAUGUAAACUGCAAUGAAACUGAUCUGAGUUUUUGUUCCUUUUUUACUCAAAUGUGGACUUGGUUAUGACUAAGUAUAUGAAGUUGAUUGAGUAGUUAUGCUGA